CUCCUUGUCGCAGGACCAAUCGCACCCAGUCUCUACCUUCGACCUCUUUCCGACAGACAGACUUUCUCUCGAGUGAUCGUUUAGUGCUCUAUUCUCCCCGCCUUCUGCUUCUCUUCUCUCCAACCAGACAUCACAAUGGGCAAGUUGACCAGCACGAUCGGUAUCCCGAUCAAGCUCCUGAACGAGGCGCAGGGCCACGUUGUCACUCUCGAAAUCACGUCCGGUGUCGUGUACCGCGGAAAACUUCUGGAGGCCGAAGAUAACAUGAACGUUCAACUGAAGGAUAUCACGGUUACCGCCCGCGACGGUCGCGUGUCACACUUGGAUCAGGUCUACAUCCGGGGAAGCCAUGUCAAGUUCUUCAUUGUGCCGGACAUGCUGAGAAACGCCCCCAUGUUCCGCUCACGAGGCCAGCGCGGCCGCGGUGUCGGUCUGGCUCGUGGUAAGGCCACUGUGCAGAGAGCUCGGGGCCAGCGACGAGGCUAAGGAGAUUUGUUUGAUGAUGAUGGGGAUGGGAGGUGGAUAAUCAUUGACUUGGUCGGCGUUUGUUUUUUCUUUUGUUAUGGACUCUGCAACUCUGGGAUCUGGGUCGGUCGGUCGGUUGGGGGGUUUGAUUUUCCAUUGAAUCACAUAUACUACACGAAAUCGAAUGACGAUUGGCCCUUGUUCUGGAGGAAAUGGU